AUUCAUCGGCAAUUCACCGCGAUCGGCGCGGUCGGAGCGGCGUACACGUGACAAGACACUCCGGGAUACGCGUGCCAGAGCGCGUCAAGUGUAACCUUUCGCUCGGGGCACGCCGGUAAACAGCAAGAGAAAUGUCGUGGUUAUUCGGGUACCGGAAUUCACAGCCGCAGGAUUUCACGCAAUUCGUGCAGCCGCCACCACCGGCGGGCGACGGUGGUGGCGGUGGCGGUGGCGGUGGUUCGCCGCCGAAGAUCGGUUCUCAAAUGGAGGCGUACAGAUUCGACUCAGCCGCGCUGGAACGGGCCGCUGCGGCUGCCAAGGAACUCGAACGAUCCAAACAUGCGAAAGAAGCCUUGGACCUGUCCAAGCUACAGGAAACCACGAAGCAGGUGGAGUUGCAGACCGAGUUGAAAAAAUACGAAGCCAGCAUCGAACAGCUAAAGUCGGAGCAGAAACGAGUGGAGGGUGAGGAAAGAAGGAAAACUAUGCAGGAAGAGACCAAGCAGCAUCAAAUGAGAGCACAGUACCAAGACCAAUUGGCUAGAAAGCGCUAUGAGGAUCAAUUGUUCCAGCAACAAAAGAUGAACGAUGAGAAUCUAAGGCGACAAGAGGAAUCGGUAGCCAAGCAAGAAGCUAUGAGAAAAGCUACGAUAGAGCACGAGAUGGAACUGAGGCAUAAGAACGAGAUGAGGAAACUGGAGGCGGAAUUGAAAGCCAAAGCGAAGAUUGACAGAGAAAAUCAGGAUCUCAAUCUAGAGCAGAUUAGAUUAAAAGCCUCGGAAAAGAGAAUUACUGUUUUAGAGUCGAUAAAAACAGCUGGUUCAGUAUUAGGCUCGGGUGCCAAAGCUCUGCUGGAGGAUUGGGAUAAGAUCCUCGCAGCGGCAGGCGGUCUGUCUCUCGUAGCCUUCGGAAUAUACACUGCCAAGGGCUCGACCAGCGUGGCGACGCGCUACAUCGAGUCUCGCUUAGGAAAACCGUCGUUGGUGCGCGAGACCUCGAGAUUUACGGUUCUCGAUACCGUUCGACACCCCAUUCAAGCGGUUAAGAAGCUAAAGACCAAACAAACUGACGCGCUGUCCGGCGUGAUCCUGGCGCCGAAGCUCGAGGAGAGACUCCGCGACAUCGCGAUAGCCACGAAGAACACGAAGUACAAUCGCGGCAUGUACAGGAACAUACUGAUGCACGGUCCGCCAGGCACGGGUAAGACUAUGUUCGCGAAAAAGCUAGCGGAACACUCGGGCAUGGACUACGCGAUCGUGACGGGCGGCGAUCUGGCGCCGUUGGGCAGAGACGGCGUCACCGCCAUUCACAAAGUGUUCGAUUGGGCGUUGACGUCCCGUAAGGGACUGUUGUUGUUCAUCGACGAGGCGGACGCGUUUCUGAGAAAACGCUCGAGCGAACACAUCUCGGAAGAUCUUCGAGCGAUGCUGAAUGCAUUCCUAUACAGAACUGGCGAGCAAAGCAACAAGUUCAUGCUGGUGCUCGCGUCAAACACGCCAGAGCAGUUUGACUGGGCGGUGAACGACCGAUUGGACGAGAUGGUGGAAUUCCGUCUUCCAGGCCGCGAGGAGCGCGAGCGUUUGGUCCGCCUCUACUUUGAAAAAUACGUUCUCCAACCAGCGAUCGAGGGUAAGAAGAGAUUGAAGGUCGCGCAGUUUGACUACAGUUCUUUGUGCAGCAAAAUGGCCGAUCUGACGGAGGGAAUGUCCGGCCGAGAGUUGGCGAAACUCGGAGUCACUUGGCAAGCGGCGGCCUACGCCUCGGAGGACGGCACGUUAACAGAAAAAAUGGUUAUGGACAGGUGCCUUGAGGCCGUCAAGCAGCACAAACAGAAGGUACAAUGGCAGAGUGAACAGGAGAAACAGGAGUCGAAGUCGAUAUACGCCACGGAAGACGACGCAGUCGUCCGUUCGAAAACUCUGGCGAUAGAGCCGUGUCCCGGAAGCACGAUAGCCUCAGCCUAGAUAAUUGGAAAGGCGCAGUUGUUGAUAAUUUUUUUAACAGUCGGGCUAAUGGCGAAGUCAGCUAGCGCUAACGACGGAGAACAGUACAAAUGCUGCUCGGAAAAGAAUUAUUCUAACGAUUUUUGUAUUUAUCAUAAUGCGCGGGUUCGCCAGGCUCGACAAGUCGCAAAUGUCACUUGUUACAAAUGUACAUUUACAUAGGAUAAUUAAAUCGCAAUUCUACCAUGGCGUUUCAUCAUC